AUGACGAAGAACCUAGUCCUUGAUCCUUCUCACGCCGAGGCGCCUACUCGCGACCACCAGAACUAUCCCAGCAGCUUGCCAGAGGCAAAGGAGACCAAAGUUCACCCUACCAAUGCUGGAGGAGAGAAUGCAAAUCACUUUGAUGAGAAGGUCGAAGCCUCGCUUCGCCGCUCUUUGCCCAUCAUCACUACACCUCAUGCCAAAGACCAUUUGACCUCCAAAGGCGACGACGAAUCAUUCAGCCGCGUCUACGAUCUCGACUUCUUCCAGAGCAUGUAUGUCGAUAUCCGCAAAUCUGGAACCACGCAUGAAGUCACAAACAAAAAGGUGCCGGCUGUCAAGGUGACGGGUAUGCCUGGUAAGCAUGUACCUCAGGGAAUGCUGAGCAAGGCCAACGACAUACUCGGUGCCGUGCCUCCCACCAACGGCUGGAUGCUGGAGUUGGGUUACAAAGAGGGCGAUGGCAGUUCCACCGACAGUUUCAAGAACGGAUACAGGUAUGUGCUGAUUGUCAAUCUUCUUCAGUCCAUUUCUGACGUGGACUUGCUANGAAUCUACAUCUCGGGCGAUACUCUCAUGGUCGACGAACUCAAAGAAAUCCCGGAACGCUAUAAGGGUCAAAACAUCGACCUCAUGCUGAUCCACUUGGGCGGCACCACGAUUCCUUCGCCGAAACUGCCAAUGUUGAUGGUGACCAUGGAUGCAAAGCAAGGAAUCGAGCUCGUCAGAAUGAUCAACCCUGAUUUGACAAUUCCCAUCCACUACGAUCCUCUGGAUGACUUCAAGAAGGAGAUGGAGAAGGCAGGGUUGACUGACAAGGUUGUGUAUCUGGAUCGCAAGGACGAGUACAAGUUUGGUGUUCAACAUGGAUAG